AGCACACCAACACCACUGUCAUUUGCAAAAAGCUGAUUAGCAGAAGGAAGCAUGAAGGGUUUCAAAAUUUCUUGGUAAACGGGGGCAGUGACUUUGGUUUUCAAAAAACACAAUGGACCAACACCAGCAGAUGACAUUGCACCCCAAAUCAUCACAGACUGUGGAAACUUAACACUGGACUUCAAGCAACUUGGGCUAUUAGCUUCUCAACCCUUCCUCCAGACUUUAGGACCUUGGUUUCUAAAUGAAAUACACAACUUGCUCUCAUCUGAAAAGAGGACUUUGGACCACUGGGCAACAGUCCAGUUCUGCUUCUCCUUAGCCCAGAGAAUGAGACUUCAAACUCUCACCACCUGCUGGCAGUUUAGAACACAGUGAGUGAUCCAGUCAUUAUGCAGAUCAGAGAGAGACACUCUACAGAUCGUAGAAUCAGAGACCAGCAGAACCAGCAGCAGUGGGACAGUCGUGAUGAGGAGGCUGCGUUGAACAUGCUCUGGAGCCGCAAACGCAAGCCAGAAAUGAGAGCUGGGCUGGCAGAGAGUUCUGUUGUGAUUCUGCUGCUCGGGUUCGUGUGUCUGCUGUGGACUCUGGUUCUGAUCUCAGUCCAGCCGCUCAUCAGCAGCAGAAGUCCGGGACACUUCAACGCCCUCCGGGCCAGGAAGCAUUUGGAGCAGAUCACCAGCAUUGGGCCGCGGACCGUUGGAAGCACAGAGAAUGAGAUCACCACGGUCAACUACCUGCUGGAUCAGAUCGACCAGAUCCAGUCUGAGAGUAAAACCGGACCUCACUUCAUCACGGUGGACAUUCAGCGACCCACUGGCUGCUUCCGCAUUGACAGCUUUAUCAUCAGCUGCUACGACCGCAUAACCAACAUCGCUGUCAAACUCCAGCCAAAGACGAGCGCACAACAUUUCAUGCUCGCGAACUGCCACUUUGAUUCGGUGCCCAACAGCCCGGGAGCCAGUGAUGACGCUGUCAGCUGUUCUGUGAUGUUGGAGGUUUUACAUUCACUAGUGAAUCUUUCCAUGCCACUCAAACAUGGCGUCAUCUUCCUGUUCAAUGGGGCCGAGGAGACCAACCUCCAGGCCAGUCACGGCUUCAUUACCCAGCAUCCCUGGGCUCAGCAGGUGCGAGCGUUUGUGAACCUGGAGGCUGCAGGUGUGGGAGGCAAAGAGUUGGUGUUUCAGACAGGUCCGGAGAACCCAUGGCUAGUCCAGGCAUAUGCCCGAGCCGCCAUCUACCCAUUCGCCACAGUGGUCGGUCAGGAAAUUUUCCAGAGCAGACUCAUUCCUUCAGACACAGACUUCCGAAUCUUCAGGGACUUUGGGAAUAUUCCUGGAAUUGAUCUUGCGUUCAUAGAGAAUGGUUUCAUCUAUCAUACUAAAUAUGACACUCCAGAGAGAAUCCACACCAACUCCAUCCAGAGAACAGGCGACAACAUCCUGUCUCUCCUUAAGCACUUGGUGAUGUCUGAAGAACUGGCGGAUUCCUCUAAGUAUCGCCGUGGUAACAUGGUGUUCUUUGACAUACUGGGAGUGAUGCUGGUGGUGUAUCCCACUCAUGUCGGCACCAUCAUCAACUAUGUGGUGGCCGUCGCCACGAUGAUCUACCUGGGCACCAAAUGCAUUUUGACCCGCAGAGUGGGUACAUCUUUCUGCCCUUUCUGUGACAUGAGUGUUUUGACACGUAACAUGCUCUGUGCAGCUGGACGGUACAUAUGUGAGCUGGUGUGUGCAGCGUGUGUGCUCAUCUUGAGCUGGAUCUUCACUCUGUUGACGGUUAUGUUUGUGGCUUUGCUCGUCAAGUUGACGGGCCGCUCCAUGUUCUGGUACAGUCACUUUUACGCGGCCAUCUCUCUGUAUGGAUCUGUUGCUGUUGGCAUUAUCGUGCUGAUCCACACCCUGGCCAAGACCCAGUGCAGGAGCGCAGUUCGUAUGGAUCUGGCCGAGCUCUUCUUUGACGUCAAUCUGCUGUUGUGGUGUUGUGUGCUGCUCUUCCUCACUUCCCGCGGCUGGUGUUCAGCAUAUGUGCCCAUGAUGAUGGUGGUGUUCCCGCUCAUCAGCAAACUGCUGCUCAGUAAGCACUUCAGAGCCAGAGGAGCGACUAUGCUGUACUCUGUCCUGUAUCUGAUGGGUCUUGCUGUGCCAUACAUCCACAUCAUGUUCCUCAUCAGAGUGAUUUUCGAGGUCUUUACGCCUAUUCUGGGCCGCAGCUCACGUGAAACCCCACCCGACUUCACCAUGGCGCUACUCGUUACCAUGGCAACCAUAAUUCUGUCUUCCUAUUUUAUUCACUUCGUCUAUCUGUCCCGCAAUACGAAGUGGACCUUGGCUGUUCUGGGGUCAGUGUUCACGCUGAUGUUUGUUCUGGUCUGCUGCGGUCUGUUCUUCCCGUAUUCUGCCGACCCGUCCAGCCCACGACCCAAACGCCUCUUUGUCCAGCACAUCACACGCAGGUUUCACUCGCUGAACGGAUCGCUGCAGAGCUCCGACUCAGGCUUCUGCAUCAACAGUCAGGAUUACACCGCCAUGCAGCACAUCACUCCACAUAUCCCGCAGAUCAACGACAACAUCUGCACGCGCUGCCAGGAUCAGCUGCCCUACUACGGCUUCACAAGCAAGAGCUGGUAUCUUACGGCUCCUGAAGUCUCUCCUAAAGCUCCGCUGGAGUUCCAGCUCUUAUCCAGACAGGAGACUGAACGGGGAACCAUUAAAAUGACCUUUGAGGUCAAAGGUCCGAGUCACAUGUCUCUGUACCUGCGUCCUCACGCUGGUGCGUCUCUGAGCGGCUGGUCAUUCGGUGGCGGGACACCGGGGUUCAAUCCCAGUGGAAUGUAUUUUAUAUUUUACACUCAUGGUCUCGACGCUGCGGCCUGGAACUUCUGGUUUGAGAUCCAGGUGGGUUUGAGCUCAAGAUUUAACCUGAGGAGUAUGAAAGGGUUUAUUGUGUGAGCUCAUGUGUGUUUUUUUUCUGUCUUUAGCCGCCCUCAGAUGCAUCUCCUGACGAGGGCUUGAUCUCUCUGGCCAUCUCUGCUCAUUAUAUCUCUGGCUCAGAUGGGCGCUCAGAGCAGCUCGAGUCCUUACUGAAGAGAUUCCCGGCCUGGGUGUUCCCGGCCUCAUGGAUCAGCACAUUCCACAUGUACAGAUACUGAGGGCCACCUGCUUGAGGGCCCUGAUCUCUCUCACACACACACACACACACACACACACACACACACUCACACUCACUCACUGCAGAACCAUGAACACCAUACGAGAUUUUUAU